AUGUAUAUCAAGCAGAUUAUUAUCCAAGGCUUUAAGAGCUACAAAGACCAGACGGUCAUGGAGCCCUUUUCGCCGGGUACGAAUGUCAUUGUUGGUCGUAACGGUUCCGGGAAGAGUAACUUUUUCGCUGCGAUACGAUUCGUACUGAGCGAUGCCUACACACAAAUGACUCGAGAGGAACGACAGGCCCUAUUGCAUGAAGGUUCGGGCUCGGCGGUCAUGUCUGCAUAUGUCGAGGUCAUCUUCGACAAUAGCGACGACCGAUUCCCAACUGGAAAUAAAGAAGUUAUUUUAAGGCGCACAAUUGGUCUAAAGAAAGACGAGUACUCGGUCGACAAGAAGGUCUCCACCAAGGCAGACGUCUCAAAUCUCCUAGAAGCAGCCGGAUUCUCGAGAUCGAACCCUUACUAUAUUGUCCCGCAGGGUCGCGUUACAGCCCUCACCAAUAUGAAAGAGUCAGACCGGUUGAACUUACUCAAGGAGGUUGCCGGUACUCAAGUCUACGAAUCUCGCCGUUCGGAGUCGCUUAAGAUCAUGACGGAAACCAAUAAUAAACGAGAGAAAAUUGACGAAUUGCUCGAUUACAUCAAAGAACGUCUUAGUGAGCUUGAGGAAGAGAAGGAAGAACUGCGCGACUACCAAGACAAGGACCGUGAGCGUAGAUGUCUCGAAUACGCAUAUUAUCAUAAAGAUCAAGUUGCUACACAGGACGCCCUAGAAGAGUUGGAGGACUUGCGACAAGGCGGCAUGGAGGAUGCAGAUGAUAAUCGCGAGGCCUUCAAUACAGGCGUGAAAGUCAUUGCUACUUUAGAUGCCGAGAUUCACAAACUGCAGCAGCAAAUGGAGCUCCUUCGUAUAGACCGUCGACAGCUCGAUGAAGAUCGACGAGAGAGCGCCAAGGCGAUAGCACACGCCGAACUGGCGGUCAAAAACCUCUCGGAUGGCAUGUCGGCCCAAGAACAAGCGAGGCAGCAGCAUGAUGCGGAGCUAGACGAGGUAAAGACCGCUAUAGCACAGAGAGAGGCUGAGCUUAAGAAGCUAGUCCCCAAUUUCGACAAAGCCAAGCGGAAGGAGGCAGAGAUCAAGCAGGCUCUCGACUCAGCAGAAGCUGGUCGACAGCGUCUCUUCACGAAGCAGACCCGAGGAAGUCAAUUCAAGAGCAAAGGAGAGCGGGAUGCGUGGUUAAGAAAAGAGAUCGAUGAUCUUAAUGUGACACUAAGUCAGCAAAGAGCAAACCGCCUCGAUGCUGACGAAGAAGUCAAAUCUAUCCAGGGCGCUAUCCAGCAACUCGAGAAUGAAAUCGCGGACCUGCGACAGAAAAACGAGGGAUUUGGCGAUCAUCGACUAGCUGUUUCCGAGGAAGUCACAAGUGCGAAAGAUGUCCUUGACAAGCUCAACGAGGAGAGAAAGCUGCUUCGACGGCAAGACGACAAAUUAGAGACUAUCAUUUCAAAUGCCCGGGGUGAGCUGGACAAUUCCGAACGUGAAUUGUCCCAUACCAUGGAUCGAGUCACCGCGCGAGGUUUAGCUACUAUACAACGAUUAAAGCGCGAACGCAAUUUCCCCGGCGCGUACGGCACGUUAGCCGAGCUCUUAGAAGUUAACGAAGCAUACCGAUUACCCGUAGAACAGGUUGCUGGUGCUAGUUUGUUCCAUUAUGUGGUUGACAACGAUAAAACUGCGACGGAGCUCGCCACCGCACUCCAGAAAAGUUACGGAGGAAGAAUCACAUUCAUGCCAUUAUCAAGGCUGAAUCCGCGAAAUGCAAAUCUCCCCAGAGCUAAUGAUGCAGUUCCGUUGCUUAGCAAACUUCAGUAUAACCCCCAGUACGAGAAAGCUUUCCAACAAGUCUUCGGCAGCACAAUCAUUUGCCCCAAUCUUACCAUUGCUAGCCAAUAUGCACGAAGUCAUGGUGUGCACGGUGUUACUCCAGAUGGAGAUACCUCUAACAAGCGUGGUGCGAUGACUGGCGGGUAUAUCGAUACCCGAAAAUCACGUUUAGAAGCCGUUCGAGCCGUCAACAAGUGGAGAGAGGAAUAUGAAAAAUUACAGUCCCAAGCCGUCGACAUCCGAAGACAAAUAGAACAGAAGGACCAAGAGAUCACUAAUGCGCUAGGCGAAGAGCGCAGAUUAGCUCAAAGACUGAGGCAGAUGGAGGAUGGCUAUGGACCCCUCCGAGCAGAAUUAAAUGCCAAGAACAACCAAGCCGAUCGUGAGAGAGAUCAACUCGAAGCCGCGAUCAAGCGACGAGACAUCGUUGAAAGGAAUAUGAAGCAGUUCCAGGACAAUCUCAGUGCACACGAGGCCGAGCUAGCUUCAGAUUUCAAAAAGGUCUUAACGGCGAACGAGGAAAAGCAGCUAGAAAGCCUAGGUACGAGCGUACAGGAACUGCAGAAAGAGUGGAAUGAAAUCAGCAGCAAGCGGAGAGAACUUGAAAGCCGCAAGCGAAAGCUGGAAUUAGAUCUACGAACCAAUCUCCAGCUCAAACUUGACCAACUCACAAGUCAAGCAUUCGAGACUGCUAAUAGUGGCAGCGGUAACUUGAAGGAGGCAAAGCGAGAGCUAAAGAAAGCCCAAGCAAUGGCAGCUUCUGUUCACAACAAGAUCCAGUCAAAUGACCAGCAAAUUGAUUCUUCUGAAUCGAGGAUUAAGGAUCUAGAGAAGCAGAAAGCUGAUAGAGAGGCGCAACAACAAGAGGUUGCAAGAGAGAUUAAGAAGCAAGAGAAGAGAAUAGACAAGACCAGACAAAAGAAGGCCCUGUUAACAGCAAGGGCGACGGAAUUGGCUAAGAACAUCCGCGACCUCGGUGUUUUACCAGAAGAAGCCUUCGAAAAAUACGAGAGGCUCGAGACUAAAACCGUCGUCUCAAGACUGAAGAAAGUCAACGAUGCGCUGAAGAAAUACAAGCAUGUGAACAAGAAAGCUUUUGAACAAUACAACAGCUUCACCAACCAGCAAGAUCAGCUCCUUAAGCGUCGCAAGGAACUCGACCAGUCACAGUCGUCAAUCGAGGAGCUGGUUGCUCACCUUGAUCAGCGUAAGGACGAAGCGAUUGAGCGAACGUUCAAGCAAGUAUCGAAGGAGUUUGCUACCAUCUUCCAACGUUUAGUGCCUGCUGGCCACGGCCGCCUCGUAAUUCAGCGCAGAGCCGAUCGACGAAUUGACCCGGAUGAUUCCGACGAGGAGCAACGUACCAGCGUAGAAAACUACACAGGCGUCGGUAUCAGUGUCUCUUUCAACUCCAAAACCGCGGAUGAGCAGCAACGUAUCCAGCAGCUCUCAGGUGGUCAGAAGAGUUUGUGCGCCCUAUGUCUUAUUUUCGCCUUGCAGCAGACGGAGUCUAGUCCUAUGGUCAUUUUCGACGAGGUCGACGCCAACUUAGACGCGCAGUACAGAACUGCCGUCGCCGCACUUCUUCAGUCCAUAUCAUCGGAAGCCGGCACACAGUUCAUUUGCACCACCUUCCGACCGGAGAUUGUCCACGUCGCUGACAGAUGCUACGGCGUGUUGUUCAGAAAUAAGUUCAGUACCAUUAACUGUGUGAGCCGGGAGCAGGCCUUGGAAUUCGUCGAAGGUCAAGCACCUAGAUAG